GCGUUCUGCCGAGGGGUGGGGGUCAGGAGGGGAGGAAACCUGGAGGUGUGGUCCGUCUUGAAAUACCCGCCCCCUCCCCGCCGCUCUUCUUUGUCUCCGGCUAGUCCUCCACUGUCUCCCGACCAUGACCUGCUUCUUCAGGCAACCCUGGCCGCGCAGGCUUCCAGGCUGCUCCUGGAUCCCAAGUGUCAGCUCCAGCUGCCCCCAGGCCUUAGGCAGCUUCCCCUGCCCAGCAGGGUUCUCCAACCCGUGUCUCCAGCACCUGGAGCUGGCAAGUGCCAGGAUCCGUGUCUAAGCUGCGUCUCCAGUGCAGAGAGGGGGCGCAGGAUGAAGUCCCCGCCUCUCUGCCUUCCCUCUUCCUCCCCUCCUCCCCCACUGCUCGGGGCUUUGCGCCCUGACCCCAUCGCAGCCUGUUCGAGCCUUAGUGGCUCUUCUGCGGUUAUGGGAUCCCCAACAGCACUCGGUCCACCGCCACCCCCACCUCGCCCGCCGGGCCUCAGCCCACACACAGAACACAGCCCCAUGCAAGAUCGCCCUCAGACACACACCACAGCCUUUCGCGGACGCACGGCCCUGCACAAGCGCACUGCCUCCUCCAUGCACAGCCCCAACAGCCACAAUCCCACCCGCAAACAAGCCCACACGUAACACAACACCCCUCAGACACACUCGAGCCCACGCAGACACAAUUCCCCCCCACACACAACCUCACACAGACACAGCUCUGCACAGGCGCAGUCACACCCACGCAGUCACACCCCCCCAUAAACAAUCGCAUACAAACAUGACCCACGCAGGCACCGCAUCACUCGGUUCCUCUGAGACCCAGAGACACAUUCACAGCUUGCAGCCAUUCACAGCUCGCAGCCAGACCCCUACACCCCGUGACAUUCACACGUAGGACAGACCAGCAGUAUACAGCCUCAUUGAUACACACACGGACUUCAACGCGCAGCCAAGAAGAGCUCACCCACCGGCUCGAUCUUCUCCGGCUGCCGAGUUCUGGAAGGAGCGAAGGGGAGCAGGCGUGCGCGGAGGAGGAGGCUGCCUGGGGAAGGGAGACGGCGAGACGCGCAGCGCCGGCGCUGGGAGACCCGGGAGGAGCCCGCAGAUAACCAGCCCAAGUCAUGCAGUCUUUCCGAGAAAGGUGCGGUUUCCAUGGCAAACAACAGAACUACCAGCAGACCUCACAGGAGACACCGCGCCUGGAGGACUACAGGCAGCCGAGCCAGGCCGGGCUGAGCUGUGACCGGCAGAGGCUGCUAGCCAAGGACUAUUACAGCCCGCAGCCGUACCCGGGCUACGAGGGCGGAGCUGGCCUGCACGCGCAGCCCCAGCCGCCCCUGGCCUACCCCAAGCUCCAGAGGCAGAAACUGCAGAACGACAUCGCCUCACCGCUGCCCUUCCCCCCGGGCAGCCACUUCGCCCAGCAGUCGCCCUCCUUCCCCACCUCCUCCACCUACUCUCCCGCCGGCCAGGGCAGCGGGCAGGGGACCCACUCCUUUAAAAGCUGCACAGUGCCACCUGCCCAGCCCCACGAUCGGCCGCUGGCGGCCAGCACCAGCCUGGCCCCGGGGCAGGGAGCCCAGAACCUGCAUGCCUAUCCGCCUGGCCGCCUCAGCUACAACCAGCAGAAGCCGCCGCCGCAGCAAGCCCUUCAGAGCCGACACCACGCUCAGGAAACCCUCCAUUACCAAAACCUUGCCAAGUACCAACACUACGGGCAGCAAGGUCCGGGCUACUGCCAGCCAGAGGCGGCCCUCAGGACCCCGGAGCAGUACUACCAGACCUUCAGUCCCAGCUCCAGCCACUCGCCCGCACGCUCCAUGGGCCGCUCACCCUCCUACAGCUCCACCCCGUCACCGCUGAUGCCAAACCUUGAGAACUUCCCCUAUAACCAGCAGCCGCUCAGCACCGGGGCUUUUCCCGCAGGCGUCGCUGACCAUAGCCACUUCAUGCCCCUGCUCAACCCCUCCCCGACCGACGCCACCAGCUCCGUGGACACACAGGCCAGCAACUGCAAGCCGCUGCAGAAGGACAAGCUCCCCGAGAGCCUGCUGUCGGACCUCAGCCUGCAGAGCCUCACGGCCCUGACCUCGCAGGUGGCCAGCAUCUCCAGCACCGUCCAGCAGCUGCUGCUCUCGAGGGCCGCGCCGCACAGGAAGGCCGCCAAGAGCCUGGACCCGCUGGAGCGCGGCUUCCUGUACUGCGGCCAGGCUCGAGGCAGCCCCGCCAGGGUCAGCAGCAACGCCAAGGCCAAGCCCGAGUCCGUGUCCACCUGCUCCGUGACCUCACCUGACGACAUGUCCACCAAGUCGGAUGACUCCUUCCACAGCCUGCACGGCAGCUUGCCGCUCGACAGCUUCUCCAAGUUCGUGGCGGGCGAGCAGGACUGCCCGCGGCUGCUGCUCAGCGCCCUGGCGCAGGAGGACCUGGCCUCCGAGAUCCUGGGGCUGCAGGAGGCCAUCGGCGAGAAGGCCGACAAGGCGUGGGCCCCGCUGCCCGGCCUCGCCAAGGAUGCCAGCAAGCCCUUCUCGCUGGAGAGCCACGGCGCCUGCCUGGACUCCGUGGCCAAGAGCGCGUGGCCACGGCCAGGGGAGCCCGAGGCCGUGCCCGAGGCCUUACAGCUGGACAAGGGUGGCAACGCCAAGGACUUCAGCCCAGGGCUGUUUGAAGACCCUUCUGUGGGUGUCGUCACCCCGGACCCCAAGAAGACAACUGGCCCCCUCUCCUUUGGCCCCGGGCCCAGCCUCGGGGCUGCCACUUCAGACCCCACAGCAGCUUUUGACUGCUUCCCCGAUACAGCCGCCACCGGCUCAGCGGACAGUGCCAACCCCUUCUCCUGGCCCGAGGAGAACCUGGGGGAUGCUUGUCCUCGGUGGGGGCUGCACCCCAGCGAGCUCCCCAAGGCUCUGGAGCAGGGUGGGAAGGCCUCGGAUGGCGUCGGCAAGGAGAAUGCCCACGAGGCCUCAGCCUGCCUGGGCUUCCGGGAGGAGGAGCCGGGGGAGAAGGCCACAGUGCCCCAGGACUCCAAGCAGGAGGAGGCGGGUGGGGUGAAGGAGGAGGCGGGCGGGCUGCUGCAGUGCCCUGAGGUAGGCAAAGCCGACGCGUGGCUGGAGGACAGCCGGCACUGCUGCGCCGCCACAGACUUCGGGGACCUCCCGCUGCUGCCGGCCCCUGGCAGGAAGGAGGACCUGGAGGCUGAGGAGGAGUACUCGUCCCUGUGUGAGCUCCUGGGCAGCCCCGGGCAGAGGCCCAGCGUGCAGGACCCGCUGUCGCCGAAGGCUCCGCUGAUGUGCACCAAGGAGGAGGUGGAGGAGGUGCUGGACCCCAAGGCCGGCUGGGGCUCUCCCUGCCACCUCUCCGGAGAGUCUGUCCUCCUGCUGGGUCCCACCGUGGGCGCCGAGUCGAAGGUGCAGAGCUGGUUUGAGUCCUCCUUGUCCCACAUGAAGCCCGGGGAAGAGGGGCCCAAUGGGGCAUUGACUCGGGGUGAUCCCGCCACCCUGGCCCCCGAGACCUCCUUGGUCCAGAAGCCAAACAAGCCCGCUGUCCCCGAGGCGCCCAUUGCUAAGAGAGAGCCCGUGCCACGGGGCAAAAGCUUGCGGAGCCGGCGGGUGCAUCGGGGGCUCCCCGAGGCUGAGGACUCCCCGUGCAGGGCGCCAGUUCUGCCCAAAGACUUCCUGCUUCCAGAAUCCUGCAUGGGGCCCCCCCAGGGACAGAUGGAAGGGGCAGGGGCCCCGGGCCGGGGGGCCUCGGAAGGGCUCCCCCGGAUGUGCACCCGCUCCUUCACAGCCCUGAGUGAGCCCCGCACACCUGGACCCCCAGGACUGACCACCACUCCUGCCCCCCCAGACAAACUGGGGGGCAAGCAGCGAGCUGCCUUCAAGUCUGGCAAGCGGGUCGGGAAGCCCUCCCCCAAGGCAGCGUCCAGCCCCAGUAACCCUGCUGCCCUGCCCGUCGCGUCCGACAGCAGCCCCCUGGGCUCCAAGACCAAGGAGACGGACUCACCCAGCACGCCCGGCAGAGACCAGCGCUCCAUGAUCCUGCGGUCCCGCAGCAAGACCCAGGAGGCCUUCCCCUGCAAGCGGCGGCCCUCGGAGAGCCGGGUCCCCAGCUGCCGUGCCACCAAGAGGCUCCUUGCCAGCAGCCACCUGCCUGCCACAUUCAAGGUCUCUGGCAACUCCCAGAAGGAGGGCCGGGCCAGCCCGCGGGCGAGGGCCCCCAAGCCCAGUGCAGGUGGCAAGCUGUCUGACCGGCCCCUCCACGCACUCAAAAGGAAGUCGGCCUUCAUGGCGCCAGUCCCCACCAAGAGGCGGAACCUGGCCUUACGGAGCAGCGGCGGCGAUGCCGGUGGCGGCCGGGGGGACAUGAAGGAGGAACAGGCUGAGGGCUCCCCCACCCUCUUCAAGAGGAUGUCUUCUCCCAAGAAAGCCAAGCCCGCCAAGGGCACUAGCGAGCUCACCCCGAAGCCCCCGCCCCCGGAGACCCCUGACACCUGUCCGAAGCUGGCCUCGCGGGUGGCCUGCCAGGGAGCCAUGAAGACCAAGGUGCUGCCGCCCCGGAAAGGCCGGGGCCUGAAGCUGGAGGCCAUUGUGCAGAAGAUCACCUCGCCCAACCUGAAAAAGUUUGCCUGCAAAGUGCCAGGGGCCACCCCUGGGAGCCCCCUGAGCCCGCCCCUCCCUGAGAAGGACUGUGGGCUCAAGGGCGCCAGGGGCAGCCCGGGCGGGGCGGGAGGACUCCUGAGUGUGGGCACCGGGCAGAAGCUCCUGGCAGCUUCAGGGACCGACCCGUUUUGCAGAAAUACAUCCAACAGAUCCUUCAAAGGCAAACUCAUCAAUAGUAAGAAACUGUCCUCAACUGACUGUUUCAAAACCGAGGACUUCACGUCCCCAGAGGCCCUGCCCCUCAGCAGGACGGUCCUGGCGCCGAAGAAGAGAAGCCGGAAAGGCAGGGCCGGAGCCCUGGGGCUCCCCAAAGGCCCCCCGGAGAAGCAGCCCCAUGCAGGCCCUGCUCUGCUCUUGACUCCCCGAGACAGGGCCAGCAGCAUGCAGGGUGGCGGUGAGGACAGCCCUGGUGGAGGAAGCAAGAAGCCAAAGGUGGAGGAGCUGGGCCUGGCCCCCCAGCCCCCUGAGAGCAGGUCCUGCCAGCCCCAGAUGAGGGCGCAGAAGCAGCCGGGCCACGCCAACUGCAGCAACUAUUCCAAGCGAAAGCGCCUCACUCGGGGCCGCGCCAAGAAUACCAGCUCCUCACCCUGUAAGGGGCGUGCCAAGCGGCGGCGGCAGCAGCAGCAGGCGCUGCCUCUGGAUCCUGCAGAGCCUGAAAUCCGCCUCAAGUACAUUUCCGCGUGCAAGCGGCUGCGGGCAGACAGCCGCGCCCCGGCCUUCUCGCCUUUCGUGCGGGUGGAGAAGCGAGAUGCAUUCACCACUGUAUGCACUGUUGUCAACUCCCCUGGGGAGGAGCCCAAGCCCCACAGGAAACCUGCCUCCUCUGCCUCCUCGUCCUCGUCCUCGUCCUCCCUGGACGCAGCUGGGGCCUCCCUGGCCACGCUCCCGGGAGGCUCUGUCCUGCAGCCCCGGCCCUCUCUGCCUCUCUCCUCCACCAUGCGUCUGGGGCCCGUGGUCUCCAAGGCCCUGAGUACCUCUUGCCUUGUUUGCUGCCUCUGCCAAAACCCGGCCAACUUCAAGGACCUCGGGGACCUCUGUGGGCCCUACUACCCCGAACACUGCCUCCCCAAAAAGAAGCCAAAACUCAAGGAGAAGGUGCGGCUGGAGGGCACCUGUGAGGAGGCCUCGCUGCCCCUCGAGAGAACACUCAAGGGCCUUGAGUGUGCAGCCGCCGUCGCUGCCAGCAAAGCCCCCAGGCCCGACGGCUCUGCUGACCUGGCCAAGCAGGGUUCGCUGCGCACCAGUGCCCGGGGCCUGUCCCGGAGGCUGCAGAGCUGCUACUGCUGUGACGGGCGAGGGGACGGCGGUGAGGAGGUGGCCCCAGUGGCUGACAAGACCCGCAAGCAUGAGUGCAGCAAGGAGGCCCCCGCAGAGCCUGGCGGGGACACCCAGGAGCACUGGGUGCACGAGGCCUGCGCUGUGUGGACGGGUGGGGUCUACCUGGUGGCCGGGAAGCUCUUUGGGCUGCAGGAGGCCAUGAAGGUGGCCUUGGACAUGACGUGUUCCAGCUGCCAGGAAGCCGGGGCCACCAUCGGGUGCUGCCACAAAGGGUGCGUGCACACCUACCACUACCCGUGUGCCAGCGAUGCAGGUUGCGCGUUCACCGAAGAUAACUUUUCUUUGAAAUGCCCCAAGCAUAAGGUAGGUGGCCACAGGCCUCUGGAGGCUCUGGGCUGGAGAGGGGCCUCCCUUCCCUCACGCCCUUCCAUGCUCUUCGGACCAAUGGAGGGAGUGCUUGCCCCGCCCCCAGAUGCCAGCCCCACAGGCCCACGGCGGCCCCAGCCCUGGGCCUGGGCAGGUCGGCACUUGCUGCCCAUAAAGAUGCCUGAGGCAGCCCCAGACUGGGGCACCUAG